CCCGUUCCCGGGAAUCCAUUCUUCCCAUCCACCUCCUCCACCACCCCCGGUGCCUGUCCCCGGAGCAUCCCGGGGGCGCUGGCGGGGCGCGGCGCGGGGGAUGCGGCGGUGCUGCCCAUGGUGAGCCGCCGCCGGUCCCCGCCGCACCAUGUCGCCGCGCCCGCCCCCGAGAGGAUGUUCGAGGGCUGCCGGCGGGCGCGGAGCCUCUGGGGCGGCGUGAGGCUGGAGGUGGCCGGGGAGAGCAGCCCCGUGGUGCUCCACAGCUUCACCCAGCUCGACCCCGACCUGCCGCCGCUGGAGAGCUCCACACAGGAGAUCGGAGAAGAGCUGGAGGAUGGUGUGAUCUACAGCAUAUCGCUCCGGAAGGUGCAGCUCCAUCACACGGCCAACAAAGGGCAGCGAUGGCUGGGGUUUGAGAAUGAGUCGGCCUUAAACCUCUAUGAGACGUGUAAGGUGAGGACGAUAAAAGCUGGGACCUUGGAGAAGCUGGUGGAGUACCUGGUCUCAGCCUUCAAGGGCAAUGACUCCACCUACGUCACCAUCUUCCUGUGCACUUACCGGGCCUUCGCCACCACCAAGCAAGUGCUGGACCUGCUGCUUAACAGGUACGGCAAACUCCACGUGCAGGCGAAUGGGGACCAUGCCAGGCACGCUGUGGAUGAGAGGACAGAGCUGAAGAACACCAUCUCCUCCAUCCUGGGCGCCUGGCUGGACCAGUACUCAGAGGACUUCCGCAAGCCCCCGGACUUUGCCUGCCUCAAGCAGCUCAUCUCCUACGUGCGCCACAACAUCCCCGGCUCGGACCUGGAGCGCCGAGCCCGCAUCCUGCUGGCCCAGUUCCAGCAGCAAGAGAAGAGCGAGUCGGAGGCAGAAGCUGUGGACCACGGUGGCUGCACCUUCCAGCUGGUGGAGGAGAACGGGGUCGGGGACGGGAAGCCGGAUUUCCUCUCCUUCUCCCCAGAGAUGGUGGCAGAACAGUUCACACUGAUGGAUGCUGAGUUGUUCAAGAAAGUGGUGCCUUACCACUGCCUGGGCUGCAUCUGGUCCCAGCGAGACAAGAAGGGCAAGGAGCACCUGGCACCCACCAUCCGUGCCACGGUCUCGCAGUUCAACAGCGUGGCCAACUGUGUCAUCGCCACGUGUCUCGGUGACCGGUCCCUGAAGCCGCAGCAGAGGGCUAAAGUGGUGGAGCGGUGGAUCGAAGUGGCUCGGGAGUGCCGCAUCCUGAAGAACUUCUCUUCCCUCCGAGCCAUCCUCUCGGCUCUGCAGUGCAAUGCUGUUCACCGGCUGAAGAAGACCUGGGAUGAGGUCCUACGGGAGAGCUUCCGCACUUUCCACGAGCUCUCUGAGAUCUUCUCCGACGAGAACAACCACUCGCUGAGCCGGGAGCUUCUCAUUAAGGAGGGCACGUCCAAAUUCGCCACCUUGGAGAUCAACCCCAAGAGGGCUCAGAAGCGGCAGCAGCAGCAGCGAGAGAUGGGUGUGAUGCAGGGCACCAUCCCCUACCUUGGCACCUUCCUCACGGAUCUGGUGAUGCUCGACACCGCCAUGAAGGAUUUCCUGGACGGAGGCCUGAUCAACUUCGAGAAAAGGAGGAAGGAGUUUGAAGUCAUCGCCCAGAUCAAGCUGCUUCAGUCGGCCUGCAACAACUACAGCUUCACGCAGGAGGACCAGUUCGUGGACUGGUUCCACAGCCUGGAGCGGCUCAGUGAGGCCGAGAGCUAUGGGCUGUCGUGUGAGAUCGAGCCGCUGUCGGAGUCAGCCAGCAACACGUUGAAGGCGAAGAAAAACACGGGCAUCAUCAAGCGAUGGAGCGACCGGCAGCCACCCAGCACCGAGCCCUGCGCCAGCGGCAGCUCCCACUCGAAAUCCUUCGACCAGCUCAAGUGUGGGCAGUACCUGUGCAGCGGGGACGCCACCGACUCCGUGAGCGUCACCUCCGCCGGCUCCAGCAGCUCCGACGUGGAGGAGAUCAACAUCAGCUUCAUCCCCGAGUCCCCCGACUGCCAGGAGAAGAAGCGCUGGUACGCCCCGUCUGUGGCCGACGGAGAAGCUAAAACCACUGUGUCCUCCGCAUCCCCUCUCCUCCCUGCCCUCCAGUUCUGGGAAUCCACCUCCCUCUCCUCCCUGGACACGUCGGGCAUCGGCUCAGGCUCCAGCAGUGCCUCGUCUUCUUCCGUCUCCUCCACGCCGGUGACUGCCUCCCGCACCCACAAGCGCUCGGUCUCCGGCAUCUCCAGCUACUCCUCCCUCUCGCUGCCCCUCUACAACCAGCAGGUCGACGACUGCUGCAUCAUCCGCGUCAGCCUGGCUGUGGACAACGGCAACAUGUACAAGAGCAUCCUGGUGACGAGCCAGGAUAAGACCCCGGUGGUUAUUCGCAAGGCCAUGGCCAAACACAACUUGGACGGGGACCGGCCUGAAGACUAUGAGCUUGUUCAGAUCAUCUCAGAGGAGAGAGAGCUGAAGAUCCCCGACAACGCCAACGUCUUCUACGCCAUGAACUCUGCCGCCAACUACGACUUCGUGCUGAAGAAGCGGGGCUUCUCCAAGGGGGUGAAGAUCAAGCACGGCUCCAGCUCCACCCUGCCCAGGAUGAAGCAGAAAGGCCUGAAGAUCGCCAAAGGCAUCUUCUAGCCUCAGCCCCACUGCCACCCAUCACCGACGGGGCCUUGGGGGCAGGCUGCUCCGAGCUCGGCUGCGGCCGGUCCUUGUGCCGCCCGGCGCGGCGAGAGGAGCGACCCUCGCCCACGGGGGAUGGCCGUGCAUCUCCCUCCCAGAGACGCAACCGGUGUCGGCCUCCGCCUCCCUCUGCACAAGCUCCCGUUUCAAUCAGGUCUUUUUUUCUACACAGGAAGGCAGCGAGGGGGGGGGGGAUCCUCUCCAUUUUAUU